CGGCCCCGGCCCCGGCCCCGGCCCCUGCCCCCGGCCCGCGCCGCCGCCCGCCGCCGCCGCCCGCAUCAUGCCGCCCCCCCGCCCGCACGCCACUCGCGCCCGGGGGCUGCCUCCUUUUCCGGCCCGCGGCGUGUGCGUGAGAGGGGCUUGAAGUUGCCCCGGCGGCGGCGGCGAGGCGGGGGGCCGGGGCGGCUGGCGGCGGCGGCGGCGGGGCGCGGCGGGGCGCGGCGGGGCGCGGAGCCCACCCCCAUCACCUGUUACCUCCGCUCCCCAGGUUGCCUGAAGUUCCCCGGCGGCGCCCGGCAGGACGGGGAGCGCCGCGGCUCCGGCUCGCAGGGACCCUACAGUGGCUGCUGCAGCAUGGGCUGGCUCAGGGGGAUUGCCUUGCUUUCCUUGGGAGUAUUACUAGCAGGAAGAGUGAACUGCCAGCAUGUGAAGAAUAACGUGCCAAGGCUCAAAUUAUCCUAUAAAGAAAUGUUGGAAUCCAACAAUAUAAUAAAUUUCAAUGGACUAGCUAAUAGCUCCAGUUACCAUACUUUCCUCUUGGAUGAAGAACGCAGCCGGCUGUACGUUGGAGCAAAGGAUCACAUAUUUUCUUUCAACCUGGUUAACAUCAAGGAGUAUCAAAAGAUUGUUUGGCCUGUAUCUCAUUCCCGAAGGGAUGAGUGCAAGUGGGCUGGAAAAGAUAUUCUGAGAGAAUGUGCUAAUUUCAUCAAGGUGCUUAAGACUUACAACCAAACCCACUUGUAUGCCUGCGGAACAGGGGCUUUUCAUCCAGUCUGCACCUAUAUUGAAGUUGGAAGCCAUCCUGAGGACAACAUUUUUAGAAUGGAAGAUUCACAUUUUGAAAAUGGCCGAGGCAAAAGCCCUUAUGAUCCUAAGCUGCUGACAGCUUCUCUUUUAGUAGAUGGAGAACUGUACUCUGGCACAGCAGCAGACUUCAUGGGCAGGGACUUUGCCAUUUUCCGAACUCUGGGGCAUCAUCAUCCAAUCAGAACGGAGCAGCAUGACUCCCGGUGGCUAAAUGAUCCUAGAUUUAUUAGUGCUCACCUGAUACCAGAGAGCGACAAUCCAGAAGAUGACAAAAUCUAUUUCUUCUUCCGUGAAAAUGCGAUAGAUGGAGAGCACACUGGAAAAGCCACUCACGCCAGAAUAGGGCAGAUCUGCAAGAACGACUUCGGUGGACACAGGAGCCUUGUUAACAAAUGGACAACUUUCCUCAAAGCACGUGUGAUAUGUUCUGUGCCCGGACCCAAUGGCAUUGACACACACUUUGAUGAACUACAGGAUGUGUUCCUAAUGAACUCAAAAGACCCUAAAAAUCCAAUAGUCUACGGAGUGUUUACAACUUCCAGUAAUAUCUUCAAGGGGUCGGCAGUGUGUAUGUACAGCAUGACUGAUGUGAGGAGGGUAUUUCUUGGUCCCUACGCCCACCGAGAUGGCCCAAACUACCAGUGGGUUCCCUACCAAGGGCGAGUGCCAUAUCCACGACCAGGAACUUGUCCCAGCAAAACAUUUGGAGGCUUUGAUUCCACCAAGGACCUUCCUGAUGAAGUUAUAACAUUUGCAAGAAGUCAUCCAGCCAUGUACAACCCAGUAUUCCCCAUCAACAACCGUCCAAUCAUGAUCAAAACGGACGUGGAUUACCAGUUCACGCAGAUAGUAGUAGAUCGAGUGGAUGCAGAAGAUGGCCAGUACGAUGUAAUGUUCAUUGGCACAGAUAUUGGAACAGUUCUUAAAGUGGUUUCAAUUCCUAAGGAGACUUGGCAUGAAUUAGAGGAAGUCUUGCUGGAAGAAAUGACAGUCUUUCGGGAACCCACUGUUAUUUCAGCAAUGAAGAUUUCCACAAAACAGCAACAGCUCUACAUUGGCUCAGCCACUGGCGUUUCACAGCUUCCUUUACACCGCUGUGAUGUGUACGGAAAAGCAUGUGCUGAGUGUUGCCUUGCGAGAGACCCUUACUGUGCCUGGGACGGUGCAUCUUGCUCACGUUACUUCCCCACUGCCAAGAGACGUACUAGACGACAAGACAUCCGAAAUGGAGACCCGCUUACCCACUGCUCGGACCUGCAGCAUCACGAUAACCCAAGUGGUCAGACCCUGGAGGAAAAGAUUAUCUAUGGUGUAGAGAAUAGCAGCACUUUUCUUGAGUGCAGUCCAAAAUCUCAGCGUGCUGUAGUCUACUGGCAAUUCCAGAAGCAAAAUGAUGACCGCAAAGAAGAGAUAAAAGUGGAUGAUCGCAUGAUCCGGACAGAACAGGGCCUAUUGCUACGAAGUCUUCAACGGAGAGACUCUGGUAUUUAUUUUUGUCAUGCUGUGGAGCAUGGCUUCAUGCAAACUUUGCUCAAAGUGACCCUGGAAGUAAUUGAUACUGACCACCUGGAAGAGCUGCUCCAUAAAGAAGAAGAUGGUGAUGCCUCCAAGACCAAGGAUGCUACCAAUAGCAUGACCCCCAGUCAAAAGAUAUGGUAUAGAGACUUCAUGCAGUUAAUCAAUCACCCCAAUCUCAACACAAUGGAUGAGUUCUGUGAGCAGGUUUGGAAAAGAGACCGCAAACAGCGCCGGCAAAGGCCUGCCAAUGCGCAGGUGAAUACGAAUAAGUGGAAGCACCUACAAGAGAAUAAAAAAGGUAGGAACAGGAGGACCCAUGAAUUUGAGAGGGCACCACGGAGUGUCUGAGCUACAUUACCUCUAGGAACCUCAUCCAAGUAGAAACUUGUAUAGACAGAUAACUGGAAAAAAAAUGCAAUAUUCAUGAACUUUUUCAUGGCAUUAUGUGGAUGUUUACAAGAGUGGAAAGUUCAAACAAUUUCCACCAGGUUUAAAUAAAAUCCAUUUCUAACUUUCCUAGUAAGUCCUUCCUCUCUGCUCUAAGACCAGAAUGACCAGAGUUUCAAGGAUGAUAACUCACCCGGACCUAGCUUACUGCUCAAAAAGUUCUGCAAGUGUUCAGCAAGCAAGUUUUGCUUUCUCUUUGGCCAAGAUAUAAACAAAAUGCUGUAUUUCAUGCUGUCAUCUUAAAGAAGAAAAACAAAACCCACCUUUCAUCAUCAGCACUAUCAUUUCUAGACUUAUAUAUAAAACUGCAUGAACUCAUUAAGCUGAUGAACAUCUAAACACGUGAUUGGACACAAGGAUUUUGUUCUUGUUUGGUCUACCAGUUUUCCUGUUUAUAUGUACCAAGAGGAAAAUACUGAAUGAGAUUGUGGAAAUCUGAACAACAUAAGCCACCCAUCAUCUGGAAGAACAAAAAAAUGUGGAGUACACUGGCCUACUACUGAUGACUUCGUUCAGCUUUGAUCUAAAGAUGUAUUUUAUUAAAACUAUAAUUUAAAUGUACAAUGAAAAAUAUGCAGCAAACAUUAGUUCUUUUCUAAAAUAGAUUAGACUUUUUGUCUUAGAAAUGUUGUACUUUCUAAUUAUUGGUUUAGAGGAAAAAAAUGACAACUUCCGAUUAUGAGCUGCUUUACUUUUUUGUUUGGAAAAUCUUUCAGGGGAGCUAGUCACAUUGCAGUUAACCUCCUCCCCUCUCAGUAAUCUAUAUGACAUGUAACUUCAAAACAAUUUUAAAACUAAACUAUUUUAACAUGAAAGUCGCUGUAUAGCAUGGAAGUCUUCUGCAUUCUUUUUUUCUAAGUAUGGUAUUUGAAAUGAUUCAACUUGUAUAAUACCUUGCUAUAGAUUGAACCAAUGAAGAGGAGAGCAUUGAUUUUCAGUUGUAUAUUUUUUUUAAUUAAAAAAGUAAAUAGCAUUAAAAUACCCUCUACUAAUUACACUCUUGCUUUCUUGGUUCGUAAAUAUUUGUGAAUGCUAAUAUUUAAAUACUGUGGCUCAUAGACUGUCAUAUAUCCAUGAGCAAAGCUCACAUUCAGUUUAAGGAGUUUUGUUCCCAGCUCAGUGGUAGAAAUACGUCCACACUACUGAUUCUCAGUGCUCCAUUCUUUCUGUCGGCCAGAUCACACAAAUGCAAAGAACCAGCACUAGGCCACAUAAACAGUAACCUCAAAGCCAGCUCUCUGUUUUAAGAUCUAAAGGACAGUUUUAUCUUUGGGCGAAGUCUGCUGCAGUAGUAAAUUGGUGAAGUUCAGCUUAAGACUAGUUUAUACUAACAGACGAUUUGGUCCUGUUCUUUUGUCUUAUUCUAUAUACGAGAGCGCCACGGGGUAAAACAGACAAUGUACUUGCACCAUAAGUGUCAGUUUAGGGUUAUAAGUAGUGGAUUUAUUCACCUCAGCACAGACGUGCCUUUGGUCCCCAGUUCUAUGGUGUCCAGUUCUUUUGAGGUCAUCUUUCUCCAGCCUCCCAUAUUUUAUCUUGGUAGAGUCCAUAAAUGACAUAAUUUCAAAUAAUGUCAUUGUGGGGAAAAUUACUAGAACAAAGUCCUUAGUUUGCUAAAGGAGCUUUUAUAUGAAAGUGUGUCUGUAUUGAUGACUGAUCCAUUUUGCUGUUACUCACUCCAGAUUAUUUAAUUUAUCAAUCACUACACUAUCAGCCUUAUCAGAUACCAUACAACAUAACUGCUGUGACAGCCUCUCUCACAAUAUGUCCUAGUCUCCUUGCCACUCACUAAUUCAAGUAUCCUUCCGAUUAGUGAAGCUUUGGCUUCUUGCCUCCAAAGCAAUUGGGUUUUCAUUAACGGCCCAGUCACUUUAGUCCCCUUUGAAUCUUUUUUCAGGGGAUGAACCUGAAAGAUUUUUUGUUAUGUAAUUCUUUAGCAAAAAAUUCAUUGAAUAGACCAGGACAAGGCUGUAAGGCCAUGGUUUAGGAAAGCAUUUGAGAAUUUAGUUUUAAAGCAACUUUAAGUCUCUCUUACGUUUAACUUGACUCAUAGAAUCAUAGAAUGGUUUGGAUUGGAAGAAACCUUAAAGAUUAUCUAGUUCCACCCCCCUGCCAUGGACAGGCACACCCUCCACUAGACCAGGUUGCUCAAAACCCCAUCCAGCCUGGCCUUGAACACUUCCAGGAAGGUGGCAUCCGCAGCUUCACUGAAUGAUCUGUUUGCCUCACCAGCCUCAUGGAGAAGAUUUUUUUUCCUAAUAUCUAAUCUAAAUCUACCCUCCUUCAGCUUAAAGACAUUACCUCUAGUCCUAUCACUACACUCCCUGAUAAACAGUCCCUCUCCAUCUUUCCUGUAGGCCCCUUCAGGUACUGGAAGGCCACAAUUAGGUCUCCCCAGAGCCUUCUCUUCUCCAGGCUGAACAACCCCAACUCUCUCAGCCUGCCCUCAUAAGAGAGGUGCUCCAGCCCUCUGAUCAGCUUCGUGGCCUCCUCUGGACUUGCUCCAGCACUUCCAUGUCUUUCUUGUGCUGGGGGCCCCAGAACCAGAUGCAGUACUCCAGGUGGGGUCUCAUGAGAAUGGAGGGACAGAAUCACCUCCAUUGACCCACUGGUCACACUUCUUUUGAUGCAGCCCAGGAUACGGUUGGCUUUCUGGGCUGCAAAGAACUCCUGUGGACUCCUGUGAACUUUAAUAUGCUGUUAAAUUCCCAUACUUUCACGAUGUGCUGAAUAGGGAUGAAACAAAACAUAGGUUCAACUACGUGCUUUCCUGUACAGAAGUAUUAAUUUUUCAGCUCAGCUUAUGAUUAAUUUGUGAGUAUUGCUUUCAGCUGAAGUAUUUAAUUGUAAUCACAGAACACUUUUUAGCCUUUUGUGUAGGGCUAUUGUGUACCAUUGAGUCAUUAGAAUACUCUUUGUUACAAAAGGAAACAGUUUUAAAAUGAACCUCAGAGAAUUCAGUAAGAAAAAUACAGAUUGAUUUCAACAGACCCUAAAUUACUUUCUUUCCUUUUUUACAUAUUAAUGGAUCUGCUAUCUAACUUUUUUUUCUCUACCAUGCUCAUAGCAACUGGAUCUAUAGCAACUUGCUGCAAAAAAAUCAAACCAAAACCAACAUCUUUCACCACCCUUGAAGAAGAAACAAAUUAAAUUACGUCAGGAUAAGAUAUGUUUUUCUGUGCAGUGAAAGAGAAUCUGUAAGAACAAAAUUACAGAAGUUGCCAUGUUUUUACUAUAACCUGGCAGUCAAAUUGGACAAUUGACAAUUGGACAACUUCAAUCCAAACCUCACUGACACGAGUAGUCUUGUUUAUGUCUUUGUAUUUGCUUAUAUAAAUAAGAUGGCAGAGGAUCAAGCCAGCAGUAGAAAUAUUUUUUUUUCAGGUUCAUAUUAUGGUCAAGUUGAAACAGCAUUUAAUACUGAUGUGAAAUGAACUUUUUUCAGAGAACAUAAGCCUUAAUGAAUUCAUGUAUAGAAAGAUGCCCUGCAGCUUCAGUAACAUUCAUAUCCCCAUUUGUGUCAUUAUACUUUAAAGCAACAUAAGGUUUGAAGGUAAAGGCAAAAAUGGUGUUUCUAUAAAUCAUCAAUAAAAUCCUCUAAACCCUAGUUACAGACUUUAGAAAAAGUAAGUAAAAAGUUGUGUUGAAGCUGGAGAGAAAUAAACAUUUUCAUUUAUAACCAGAAAGAUCUAUUUUGAUUUGUUUUAAGAUAUCCAUUUGCAAGGAACAAAAAUGCAUUGAAUCUUAUUCUUACUCAUCUACACUUUGCCCUUGCAUGGAUCACUGAAGACGGGAAUUUGUUCAAUGACUCCUAAAAACUGUAUGGUUAUGCUAAACUAUAACAUCAAACUGAGAAAAUGUGCAUCUUUGCAGAACAGAGUUAAAUCUUCAUGACCCAAUAAAGUCACUAUGUAAAAAAGAAAAAAAAAAUUAAGUUAAAUGCAUGUGAAUGCGCAUUUACUGAUCCUUUUUAUGUAUUAUUUAGUGAAUAUCAAUGGUAUGUGUUUAAUAGUUCAGUUUUUGCUACCUACACAUUAGCCAAAAGAGAUGUAAAUAUUUUUGACUAGAUAAGGAGGUACAGUGUAAAGUACUGUUAUCUAGAGGUACUCCAUUUCGGUGUGUUCAGCAUAAUACUAAAAUGCAAGAUUUUGCCACACAGGUAAUAAGGUGGUUUAUUUGCUAUAUCAGUGACAAAGUUAUGUGCUUAUUCUUUAAGCGCAUUCCUCACUGAGUAGUAAAUAACUCUACUUCUGUAUUUAUCACUUCAAUUCAGAUGGGAACUAGAAAACUGGAGAGAAAAAAAUGUAAUGAAACUGCUGCUGUAAAUUAUUUCUUUUAGCAUGUAUUCAGUUGUUAAAUAAACAUUUC